AUGACAUCUCGGUGCUCUUCCCUCCUCCUUCUCUCUCGUCAAGUGACAGUAUCGUCUGUUUCUCAUCUUUCACCGCUGCUGGAGACUACAAGAUGGCUACAGACGGAGUCUAGCGCUACGUUUGACGCUGCCACGAUCAAUGGAAACAACGCAGAUACGUCUGCGGCAUCUUCACGAAGACCCAAGCGAGUUAAUGAGCGGCGGAAACGAUCAAUGACAGCGCCAGUUCAUGCAGCACCAGUAGAAGACAAUGUCUCUGCUAGACCAUUGACGUCUUCUGUUAAAGGAGAAGUUACUAACAAGGAGGAAGGUAAAAAACGACCGCUGGUGGCUUCAUUUAAGGACGGGAAGCCGUGGAUCACAGUGAUGGGUCUUGGUGGAGCAGGUAGUAACGCUGUGAACAAUAUGAUUGCGUCACAACUUGAAGGUGUCGAGUUUGUUGUGGCUAACACGGACUGUCAAGCAUUGGGACGGUCGCUGGCUCCUUCUAAGAUCACUCUAGGGAAAGACAUUACCAAGGGACUGGGAGCUGGAUCCAAACCGGAGCUGGGUAAACGGUCUGCAGAACAGCAAAAGACGGAAAUUGAGCAGAUGCUGAAGGGCAGUAAUAUGCUAUUUAUCACGGGUGGAAUGGGUGGAGGCACUUGUACCGGAGCAGCGCCCGUUGUAGCGAGUGUAGCCAGAGAGUUGAAUAUCUUGACAGUUGGUGUCGUGAGCACGCCAUUUCGCUCUGAAGGUCCCAACCGCACCCGAUUGGCGAAUGCUGGUGUAAAGGAAUUGGCCAAGUAUGUCGACACGCUAAUUGUUGUGCCAAACCAAAAUUUGUUGGCACUAGCGGACAAGAGUACUACUAUGCUCGAUGCGUUCCGGUAUGCCGAUGAUGUGUUGUUGGAAGGUGUCAAGGGCGUGACAGACCUGAUUGUUCGUCCAGGACUCAUUAAUCUAGAUUUCGCCGACAUCAAGACGAUCUUGUCAAAUGCAGGUCGUGCCAUUAUGGGCUCAGGCGUUUCUAGCGAGGAAGGUCGCGCUCGUAAAGCAGCUGAACAGGCAUUAGUGAACCCAUUGCUGGGUGACCUACCAACUGAGUCGGCACACGGCCUACUGGUGACUAUUCGUGGUGGUGAGGACAUGACGCUUUUCGAAGUGGAUGAAAUCAUGGAGAUCAUUCGCAACCGUGUGCACGACGAAGCCAACAUCAUCUUCGGCACUUGCUACGAUCAGUCGCUCGAUGGAUCUGUGUACGUGUCCAUUAUCGUAAGUGGUAUCCAAACCGAUGUCAUUUCGCCGCCCAUACGAGGGGCUCAUGUUCCUCUGCAAGAGCGCACGGACAGGGGAGAGCUUGGUGCCAAGGUUAAGCCUGAUGAGGCGGAAAAGCCAGCCGAGGGGUUGUUCAGCCGCUUUUUCUCGCUAUAG